GGGCCACGUCAAAUUCGAGUCAUCUCUAUCUAUUUCAAACGAUUUCCAUUACUUUAGCAUUCUCUUCUUCUUCCGGUAACAUCCGAAACGCGACUGUAUAUAACCAACAAUAAUCCCUCUUCUGCUCCCUACUUUUGUUUCUUCAAUCCUUAUUCUGAUCAAAAUAGACAUGAUGGGUGUGACUGGGAAGUUGAUGUUUCUCUACGUUUUCUUGAAUGUGGUUUCAUAUAUAGUGAUAGCUGGAAGUCCGCCAACAUGUCCUGCCGCAGAUAUUUCUAGUGACUGUAAGAGUGAUUCUGGGGAAUGGGAUGGUGAAUUCUUCCCCGGAAUUUCCAAGAUCAAAUAUGAGGGUCCUUCUAGUAAGAACUCAUUGUCAUUUAAAUGGUACAAUGCCAACGAGGAAAUUUUGGGUAAAAAGAUGAAGGACUGGUUUAGAUUUAGUGUUGCGUUUUGGCACACAUUCCGUGGCACAGGUGGCGAUCCGUUUGGCUCAGCUACAAAAUUUUGGCCAUGGGAAGAUGGCACUAAUUCACUUGCCAUGGCAAAGAGGAGGAUGAGAGCUAACUUUGAGUUCAUAGAAAAGAUUGGAGUCGACAGGUGGUGCUUUCAUGACCGAGACAUUGCUCCAGAUGGUAAAACACUAGAGGAGUCGAAUGCAAACCUGGAUGAAGUGGUGGCUCUUGCUAAGGAACUUCAGGGUUCAAAGAUCCGACCUUUAUGGGGUACCGCUCAGCUGUUUGUGCAUCCGCGAUAUAUGCAUGGUGCUGCAACUAGCUCUGAAUUGGGAGUAUAUGCAUAUGCUGCAGCCCAAGUCAAAAAAGCUAUGGAGGUUACACAUUAUCUUGGUGGUGAGAAUUAUGUAUUCUGGGGUGGCCGUGAGGGUUAUCAGAGUCUUUUGAACACAGACAUGGAAAGAGAACUAAAUCAUUUGGCCAGGUUCAUGGAAGCUGCUGUUGCUUACAAGAAAAAGAUUGGGUUUAAUGGGACAUUGUUCAUUGAGCCUAAGCCUCAGGAGCCUACGAAGCAUCAGUAUGAUUGGGAUGCUGCUACUGCUGCUAAUUUUCUAAGGAAAUAUGGCCUUAUAGAUGAGUUCAAAUUGAAUAUCGAAUGCAACCAUGCCACUUUGUCUGGACAUAGUUGUCAUCAUGAAGUGGAGACAGCAAGAAUCAAUGGAUUGCUUGGAAACAUUGACGCAAAUAGUGGCGAUCCGCAAACUGGGUGGGACACCGAUCAAUUCCCCAUGGACGUAGCUGAAGCAACUCUAGUUAUGCUCUCUGUUAUCAAGAAUGGGGGAAUAGCACCAGGAGGAUUCAACUUUGAUGCCAAAUUGCGGAGGGAGAGUACGGAAGUUGAGGAUAUAUUCAUUGCACAUAUUGCGGGUAUGGAUACCCUGGCCCGUGGCCUCCGAAGUGCUGCAAAGUUGAUUGAGGAUGGUUCUCUGAAUGAACUUGUUCGAAAGAGGUACCAAAGUUUUGAUUCUGAGGUUGGCCAAGCCAUUGAGGCAGGAAAGGGUGAUUUUGAAAUGCUUGAGAAGAAAGCUUUUGAAUGGGGCGAACCGAAAGUCCCUUCUGCUAAACAGGAACUUGCCGAGAUGAUUCUCCAAGGCGCAAUAUAGAUGCAAAUCUUGACAGUCCUUGCAAAAUACAUCAUUAGUGUUGUCUUCUUCAUCAAGGAAGAUUCUUGACUGUGUGUGAAUUGGUCUCUCUUUUUAUGCAUUUGAAAGAUUUGUUAUGUUCUUGAAUUUCAGCAUUGAGAGGAGGGAGUAGAGAUUGUUAGAAAUGCAGGUCAUGUUCAUUUUCUGCUAAACCUUGUAAACAUUAUACUUCCUUGACUUGGCAAAAAUAUGUUUCGAAUAAUCUAUAUUCCGAAUUCCAAGAAAUUCGAUUGCCAAAC